GAUUCAUUAAGCAAUCUUGUAGUAAAAAAUUUUCAUUCGUUUGAAAUUCGAGUUUAUACGUUGUUUAUUUUUGUAUCUCCGAGCAGUAAAAUCUCUCAAAAUGAAACUAUUACUUUGCUGUGUUUUUUUGAUGUGCCUGAUUUUUAUGGCUCAAGCAGCCAGAGACAUUACAACGUUCCUAAAAGUUUGCCAUCAAAGUGAUCCUCUUUUGGACAAAUGUAUGAAAGAAAGCUUAGAACGAUUAAGACCAUUCUUAAAAACCGGCAUUCCGGAAUUAUCGAUUCCAUCAUUCGAGCCACUGGUUAUACCUGAAAUAACAAUGAAUCAAGGCAAAGGUUCCCUCAAUUUGCAAACCACAUUCAACAAUCUUCACCUAUGGGGUCUUAGUAAUUUUGACGUGAAAGAUUUCCGCUCGAAAUUGGAAGAUAAUCUUUUCAAAUUCAGAGUAUUCUUUCCUUAUUUAACGUCUAAAUCGAUGUACCGAGUUCAUGGCCGUAUACUCAUGUUACCUAUCGAAGGAAGCGGUUUAGCCGAAGGAAAUUACACCAAUGUCGAGGGCAUCGUUCAAAUUCAAGGAAGUCAAAGAACAGAAGAUAGUAAAACUUAUUUCCACGUCGAUAAUGUUGUUAUUAAUUUGGAUGUAUCGCACGUUGGCGUUUAUUUCGAUAAUUUGUUCAACGGAGAUAAAGAAUUAGGAGACGCCAUGAACGCAUUUCUGAAUGACAACUGGAAACACGUAAUGAAAGAUAUGAGGCCAGUUUUGGAAGAAUCGAUUGGAGCUGUAAUGAAAGACCUUUUCAACUCGAUGUAUAAUAAAAUCCCCCUCGACGAAAUUCUGCCGCUGUGAUAGAAAAAGGAGCAGUUUCAUUUGCAUUUUCACAUCUUCACGAAAUGGAAAAGUCAUCAAAAAAAUGUCACGUCAUUUCAAUAAAUAACGAGACUUUACGAUAAGACUUUAUUAAAAAUGAGCACGCUGAA